AAUCUGCAUUAAGAAAUUUCUAGUUUUGAAAAGCUGUACAGAUGUAUUUUGGUUUAAAUAUUUUUUUAUAAAAUGGCUUUUAGGUUUCCGAUUUUAAUUAAAUUAUCACAAAAUUUAUGUCGUAGGCGUUCUGAAUUGUCUCAAUACUUGCAGCGCCGCCCGUUAAGCUCUGGCGACGAGGAUCAGUGUUGUAACGACAAAGAAGGUAACUUGUGUUCAGGUAUGGUAGAGAGGCCGUCUUCAUGUCAAGAUCAGCUAAACACAACUAUUCACAACAAGUUUGAGGUGCCGGAUUUUUUAUGUGAGGACGUUUUUCGCAAAUUUGAGUCUAAGGACGAAAAACUGGGACCUGGCGCUGGUAAAUGUGACAAGUACAAGAAUGCUGAGUACUUUGGCUAUCAUCGUUUUUCCUUUGCUGAUUUAGUGACAACUUCCCUGGAUUUACGUGAUCAGCGUAUUAAGGAUGAUGGUGCUCGUUGUAUCUAUAAAGCAACUGAUGAUUAAGCCAAGUUAAAGCAAAACUUAUGGGCAGUAUUCUCUCAGUGUCUCAGUCGCUCUUUCUCCCUCUGAACAUAGGUUGUGGUUUUCAAUAUGUACUUGAUUCAAAGCUAAAGAAAUCGAAGCAGAAAUUGGCUUUUGUAUAAUAAACAAAAAUGUAUCCGGCGUUUUUAAUGUAUGUUGAUUUAUAUUUUUCAAAAUUUUUAAAAGUA